GUGCAUGUACACAGCCGUGGCAGGGUGUGUGAAAACUUCCAGAUUUUUAGAGCGGGCUCUGGCCUGACGCUGACGCACACGCUCCGUGUGUGCGGCCGCUCUCAGCUUCCUACGUCACUCAAUUUGAUAAGAGCAUGAAAGCGCUCACAGGGCGCGCGACCACGCCAGGCAGGUAACGCCUCGAAGCUGACUUCACCUGCUCGUGGUGUCCAUACAGGUGUACGGACAUGAACACAUGAACGGCUGUAGCACAGCGUGCUCGUGUUGAGAGCCAGACAGGUCGACCGAAGAGGCAGAUUGCAUCAUCUUUGUUUUCCUGGAUGAAGUGCCGCUGUAUCACUCUACACUGACCGGAGAUGGGACUCCAAGUUCUGCUGUACUGGCCCAACAUCAUAGGAUACAUCAGGAUCGGCCUUGUGUUUGCUUCAUGGGCUGCCUAUGAGACACCAGCAGUGUUUGUCUCUCUGUACUCUGCCUGCAUAGCACUGGAUGGAGUGGAUGGCUGGCUGGCAAGGACGCUGGGACAGACUUCCAGGUUUGGGGCCUGGCUGGACGUAGUGGUGGACAACCUGGGUCGAGGCAUGCUAUGGAGCCUGCUGUUUGAGUGGGGCUGGCUGGUGUCUGCGUUUGAGUGGUGUGUGUUUGUGUGUAACCACAACAGCAGAGGUGACAACUGGAAAAACAGCUUCACCACCAGCCCUCAACUCAUACAAGCCAUCAUGGCAAACGGGUUUCGGACGCCUCUGGGCAUGUGGGUGGUGAGUGGGCUGCACUGCCUCCCACUGUGGCUGUACGGGUGUCAGUGGGGUUUACUGGCCCACUGGCUCUAUGUGCCUUCCUGGAUCCAGGCUGUGGGGACCGUGCUGCUGGCUGCAGGCCGCCUGCUGGCUCUAUCAGUUGAGAUGUGGUGCAUAUGGACACACAUCGAGUACCUCACCAGCGACGAGGAGCCGGAGGAGAAAAACAACUGAGAGCCACUCAGCAGAAUCAACUUAGACUGUAUGAGCGAUGGCCUCACAGGUCACAGGUCUCAGGUUUUCUCUAAAGCUGCAAUGAACCAUCGCUGUAGAAGAAUGUGAUUACAUCAGCUGGAUUUUCAUUUUUGUUUUAUUCUCACAUAAGAAUGUCUAUUUAUUUAUUAAUUUGAUAUCAGACGUCUCUGAACAUCCAGAGUAAGACAUGUGGCUGCUGUAUUGGCAGCAUUUUGACCUCUCACUUUUCUUUUUAUAGCCGUGAACAUGCUGAGAUAUGUCGUGUCUCAUCUCAGACUGUGUGGGCAUUCACACACACAGUGAGAAAAAAAGCCUGUCUUACUGAACUGUUACAGAACAUUUCUGUUAUUAACAUGAAACACAGUAGAGAUUAGUCUGAUCUGACUGUUUCAGGAAAGACCAAAGUGACAGGCUUUACUGUACGUGUACAUCACACUGAAAGUGUAUGAAGCAGGUUAACAAGGUUAACUCUGGGUUAGAAACUAUUUCAAGCAUUCAAAAUGCUAAUAAAUGCAAAGCUACAUUAGUACCAAAGCAAAGCUGGGCAUCGGGGCUUUAGAUUUGUCAUGUGAUGUCAGUCUUAUUUAAAUAUGGAUAUUACUUUUCAGAAUGAUGUCAAUGUUUUGCCUUUAAAGAUAUUUUUAUAUGUAUUUUAAUGUGUAGCUUUACUUUUUGCUUUGGUGCACAAUGUUUCUCAUUAAAUAAAUAGUUUAUAUAAUAAAGCAAUGAAAUGAAAAAUG